AUGCCAAUUUCAGAUGAUUUGAGUCAAAAUAACUUGGGACAUUAUGAUUCCAAAGAAUUUAUUAUACAUUCUUCAGAAACCCAAUCCUUUGAUCAAUCUUUAGUUGCUUCCUUAAAUAAUGGACAAAAUUUAGAUAUUGAAUCUGUAAUAGAACAAGAACAACAUAAAUUAGUAUUAUUAGAAGCAACAACAGAUUUAGCUUCUUCAAUUACCAUUUGUCAAAAACAUCCAUCAAAAUGGCCAUUAUAUGAUAAAUUAUACGAAAUGUUGGAAAAUACAUUUUUCAAACAUAUUGAAAUGAUAAAGCACCUUUAUAUUGAAGAUACAAGAAGAUAUCAAAGGACCAAAUUUGCUUAUGAAGAGGUUAAAGCUAAAAAUAGAGAACUCGAAACAAAAAUUACGAUUACUGAAAAAGAACUCAUGAGAAGUGAACAAAAGCUGAAAUUAGAGAAAGAAAAAAAUGAUAAUCUUCAAUUAAAUCUCAAGAUUACCAAAGAAAAACUUAAAGCCACCCAAGACAGCAAUAUAGGCUUUACUAUUGAACUUACUACUACCAAAAAAGAACUAAAAUCCACACAAGAUUAUAGUAAUACUAAUCUUCAAACAAAAAUCACUACUACUGAAAGGGAACUAAAAGAAUCACAAACAAAAAUUAAAACCCUUACCAAAAAAAUUGAAUUGCUUAAAAAAGACAUUAAAAUAUUAAAUAAACAGAGAAUAAAAGACAAAGAAAGAAAACAAGUAAUUAGGAAAUUGAAACAAGCUUAUAAAGAACUACAAGAAACUUGUAACAAAAUAAAACAAGAAAAGAUUGAAGAAGAGACAAAAAAACAUCAAGAAAUAUUAGAAAAAGUGAAGAAAACUUUAAAUGAUAAUGAAU